AAACUCAUUUUAUAUGUAGUUAUACAAAAUUAGAUAUAAUUGUUUUUUUAUGAAUAGAUAUAAUGGUUUUAAUUAGGGAACACAUAUUGUUUUUUAUGAAUUAGGAAAACAAAUAUCUUAUGGUCCACAUCUUAAAUGGACAAGGAGGAAAAAUAUGGCAAAUUUUUGGGGGUGGUGCCAAUUUUCAGAUAUGCUCGUGAGUUUGAAUCAAGCUCGUGAGUUGGUUUUUGUGACUUAAGGAAACUUGUGGUAUGCUUUAAUUUUUUUUGAUAUGUUUUUAUAAAUUUGUGGUCUGCUUUAUAAGAUUUAUAGUAUGUUUUUAUGAAUUUUGUAGACUGGUGAGUUCUAGUAUGUUUUAUAAGCUUUCUGAUUUACUUUAUAUUAUUUGUGAUAUGAUUUGUUGUGUUUAAGGUCCGUGUUUUGUGGCCUGUUUCAUGAUACAUGUGGUGAGCAGUGAAACGUAUUGUUGAUGACAGCUGAUACAUAUGUGUGUCCCCAUUCAUUUUCAAUAAUGACAAGCGUGCACAUCCCUUUACAAAUUCGCAUAUUGAUUAUGAUCAACACCUUGAAAUAAAAUAAAAUAAAUCAUUAGAGCAAAAUGUUCUUAUUGACCGAAGUAAGUGUUCGCACCAUACUGAGAAAUGGGGUGUUACCACCUUUGGUCCUCUAAACCUAGUUUUUAUGUGAAUAAUCUGUUUUUUUUUUUAACGGGAGAAAUUGUACGGAUAAUUUAAACAAACAGACAGGAAUAAAACUCUCGGUUAGGCGGAUAGUAGAUAUAUAUUUACAUGAUUAUCAAAUAAUAAAAUACUUCCGUUGUUGUUAGCAAAAAUGACAACUAGGGGCAUACUCGUCAAAAUAUACAUGACGAGCCCAAAAGAAGGAGGGAUAAACGACGAGGAAAGAGUUUUGUUUGUUUACAGCUGCCAAUUAAAUAUAUCUAAAUUAAAAUAAAAAACAUAGAAUCCUACAUGAUAAUUGAUGGUUCGGGUGUAUUGUGUCCAGCGGUUUGGUUUGGUUUGGUCUGAUCAUAUUGAAUUGAUAUUUGGAAUGGAGCAUACUUGAUCAAGUAUAAUAUGAAUAUCAUAUGAUUUUUAAUUUCAUGAAUUUUAUAAGUAUUAAUGAAAAUAUAGAUUGAAGUGAAAUGUGGAUCAUACAUAAUUGAAUAUAAACGAAUAGAAUGCAAUGAUGAUCUUAUUCUUUUUCUAUUAUCAAAUCGUGAUUCAAUAUUUUAGAACCCUACCGUAACGGCUGGUUGGACCCGAAAAAUAUCGAUACUGCACUUCAAAUCGUAGGCAGUUUUAAUAAUAUGAAAUGAUUGAACCAUAAUUUUAAUAUUUUACCACUAAUUUUUUUGGUAUAAAUUACUGUACAAUUUCACAUGAUUAGAUCUGAACCGGUCCGGACCAAUGCACACCCUAACCCAGCUGUAGAUAUAUAUUGAUGCAUAAAUAAAUAAAGAAAAAUAAGGAGAAAAAGAGGUUUAUUUUUCAUAAAUACUUUUUGGUCCUAAAUUGUAGCUUUUAGUUUGGCCGGGGAUUUCUAUGGUGGGAAAAAAAAACGCUACCCUAACUGAAAAACUAAAGAACGGAAAAACGAAGCCCCAAAAUUUCAUCUUCUUCGUCGGUUCUUCUCCUUCAUUCCUUCUCCUUCUUCCACCGUUUCUUUCUCUCUCCCUCUCGACUGUUCUGCUUCUUCCAAUUCUUGAGCUCAAUUGACCAGAGAGGAGAGAGAGAGAGGGGGAGGCUAGUAGAGUGUGCACAGACGGCGCACAUUAGCGCCGGGGCCCUAAUUCUGCGCCCUGGUUCGGGUUUGUUUGGUGGUACUAUUUCCUUUUCCCUUUUCCCCUUUCCCUUUUUCAAUGGAUUCCUCCUCAGCUUGGCUUUGAGAAAGAGCAAGACAUCUGAUUCCAGCUCCACCUCCCCCUUCGCUUUUGGGGGCAGGGAGGGAGGGAUUGAUUUCACGGCAUUUUUUUUGUUUCUUCUCCUCCCGCAAUUUGGAGCGGCGGCGGCGGUGACAGUGGCGGUGGUUUCGAAUCUGGCGGACCUCAAAGGAACCCUAGCGUUCUUUCUCCAAUCCUCUUUUCUGUCCGCCUUGGCAGAUCGAUUCGAUUUCAAGUCGAAGAAGAAGAAGAGGAGGAGAGGGAUUCACCAUCUGACGAAGAUGCUCUGGAUUAUGCGGUUCUCUGGCUUCAUCUCCGCCGCAAUGGUCAUGAUUAUCCUCUCUCCUUCCUUGCAGUCUUUCCCUCCGGCGGAAGCCAUCCGAUCUUCUCACCUCGAUGCAUACCUCCGGUUCCCCGUGCCCUCCGAUUCGCACCGACGGUUCUCUUUCCGGAAGGCGCCGGUAUUCCGCAAUGCCGCUGAAUGUAGGUCCUCCGACCGGAGGGAAACCGGCGUCUGCGACCCUUCCUUGGUCCACGUCGCGAUUACUCUCGACGUCGAGUACCUCCGCGGCUCCAUGGCCGCGGUCCAUUCCAUCUUGCAGCACUCCAUGUGUCCCGAGAGCGUCUUCUUCCAUUUCCUGGUGUCGGAGACCGAUCUGGAAACCCUAGUGCGGUCGACGUUCCCGAAAUUGAAGUUCAAGGUGUACUACUUCGAUCCGGAGAUCGUGCGGAGCCUGAUCUCGACGUCGGUGAGGCAGGCGCUGGAGCAGCCGCUCAAUUACGCGAGGAAUUACCUGGCCGAUCUGCUGGAGCCCUGCGUCCGCCGGGUCAUCUACCUCGACUCAGAUUUGGUGGUCGUCGACGACAUUGCCAAGCUGUGGACGACGAGCCUGGGCGCGAAGACGAUCGGCGCGCCGGAGUACUGCCACACAAACUUCAGCAAGUACUUCACGGCGAGGUUCUGGUCGGAGCGGCGGUACGCGGGUACGUUCGAGGGCCGGAAGCCGUGCUACUUCAACACGGGGGUGAUGGUGAUAGAUCUGGCCAAGUGGAGGCGGGUCGGGUACACGAAGCGGAUAGAGAGGUGGAUGGAGAUUCAGAGGAACGACAGAAUCUACGAGCUGGGGUCCCUGCCUCCGUUCUUGCUGGUGUUCGCCGGGCAAGUGGCCCCGAUCGAGCACCGGUGGAACCAGCACGGAUUGGGCGGCGACAACGUCCGGGGCAGCUGCCGGGAUCUCCACCCGGGUCCGGUCAGCCUCCUGCAUUGGUCCGGCAGCGGGAAGCCAUGGAGCAGGCUCGAUUCGCGGCGGCCGUGCCCACUGGACGCGCUCUGGGCGCCAUACGACCUGUACGGACACUCGCUUUGAAUCAGGCAGCCCAGCCACCGUCCGCCGGUAAAUUCCGCCCUCCCAAAGAACACUGUUUCUCUUCUCAUUUUUGCAUUUGUUUAUGCUCUGCUUUCACAAAUUUUUUUUUCUUUUUGCUUCUUGUUCUUCUUUUUCGGUGCUUAUCUUCUCUUCUGCAACUUAUUCCUCCUCCUCCCACCAUUUUACUGUGCUGCUCCACUCAUUGUUAGUUUUGGUUUGCCGACUGAUUCUCAGGCCAUUUGUAAUGUAUUCCAUUUUAUUGUUCUUGGCUCUGAAAAUAAGGACACAGAAGGAAAAAGAAAAGAGAAAAAAAAAGGGUAGAAGCUUCAGUUUCUUAUCUUGUAGAUUGGAUUGAGGUUCUAGAGAAGGAACAGCGGUCACCAUUGCUUGUGUUUAGACUAUGAAUGAUGAAAAGUAGAAGAAGCAAUCACCAUUAUUAACCAGUUGAAGCAAUUUCUCCUCGGCUAUGUGGUUCUGAGAGCUGUGUUUGUGUGUUUUUAACUUUGAUGUUGACUCCAAAAUCUGAAUCCUUAGUGAUAGCCCAAGGGGGGGGGGGGGGGGGGGGGGGGGGGGGGGGGGGGGAUUGAAUGUUAGCUAUCUGCAUCCAUUAUUAAUUCUGAUUGAGCUUUGCUAGCUAUAACUAGACUCUUAAGUUUGAACUCAUACCCAGAAUGUGUUGGAUGUCAAGUCAAGUCGUGAUCUCGGGUGUGAGCUAUAAAUGAAGGAUUGUGUGAACUGAUCUCUGUGGUUGAUGGAAUGUCCCCUAGAUGUGUCUGUUUCUUUCGGGAUGUCGCUAUCUACAAUGACAAUUUUCCAGUUUGUUUGGAUGGUGUCUGAGAGGCAUGGUUAAUUGAAGUUAAGAGAGGGGUUAACCUGUUUCUUUUGGUAAUUAAGCAGCAAGCAGACUAGGUGAAAGGGGUUAGCCUGUUACUGUGGGUUUGGAGAAGUUAGUUUUCCAAUAUUCUUGGAAGUAUUGUGGAUGAUGGAUGCUGAUGCGGGAGCAGCAGCAGCAGUAACAUAUGCUGGGAUGGUCAGCUUCGCGAGAUCGGCUGGAGCCCGUCUCUAACAAUGUUGCUGCUGCUGCACAUGAGAAGAGAUGAAAUGUUUGAUGGCUGGAACGAGUGAGGGACUGUGGCCUAGCUUGUCCGGUGAAGUUAGAGUAGCCUAAUUGUGAAUUGCGAUGUUUGGCUUUCAUCAUUUUCUUGUUUGUCGAACUAGGGAAUGAACUAGGGAGUAGCGUCUAGCGCGUGUUUGUCUGUUUGUUUGUUACCUUGUUACCAAGCAAAGAGGCAGAAGGGGAGAAUGUUUUAAGGUGGCUGGCUGGGCUCAUGAUUUUGGCGUCUCCUCUCCUCCUUCCUUACUUUCUGUAGCAUUAGCCACCUCCCUUCCCCGCGGCAUAAUAUCGUUUUCGUUCUAUUUUUGUAUUAGCUCUUUUGCAGUUUUGCUUCUCUUUUCCUUUAUCGUAGGAAUGAAAUUUAUUCAUCAAUUCCCUUUUUAUUUCUAGGUUAUUCAACUAUACAUAUCUUCGUUUUAUUCAAACGAGAAGUGGCGUUUGAAGAGUGGAAAAAGCAUGUGAGAUCGUGUGCAACUAAUUCCUACCCAUAUAAUUCAUCAAUAAUUUGUGAUUCCAACAAAAAAAGAGAAAAUAAAACAGGCAAUCACCAACUAUGUAUGCAUGUAUUAUCAUUACUUGUUUAUGUAGAAACACAUGUACAGAGAGCGAAGAAUGAAAAACCAUGAGAUCCAGUUUUCUCAACUACUUUUUGAUCACUAUCCACAUUAAAAAUAUGCCUAAUUUUAUAGAGGAGGAGACACUGCCAUCCCAUGCCUUGCCUACUACUUUCAGGAAAGAAUUUUUUUUAACUGAUAUACUUAAUUAUUGAAAAACCAAAUUUUUUUUACACUUGGAGACAUUCGUUUUGCGACGCCAAAUCCCGCCUCCAUAGAUACCCAGCAAACCCUAGGAGCAUUUAAUACAAACUUUACAUCCCUGUCUGUGACCACCAAGGGGGUAACGGAGAAGUGGCAGCCCCCCCGAAGAUUGUGUGAAGAUCUCCUUGAUGUAGCCGAUCCUGACUCUAGGUGUUCGUCUGGCCUGAUUGUUCGUGGCUCAGACGAGCAUGUCGUGUUGGCAUUUGGGACCCUACACUAAGGAGUGUUUGAUCCAUACCUAGCAGAACUGCUGGCCGCCAAAGAUGUCAUUUCGCUUGUUGUCUAUAGAAACUUGCCCCGUUCAAUCGUCAAAGGUGAUUCUGAGGUGGUCUUUCAACAGUUUUGCCAAGGAGUUACGUUAGUUUCUCUAAGUGGACAUGUUCUUCGGGUUUGUCUUCAGUUGUUUGUCUCUGCUUCUAUCUGUCUAAAUUUGAGGGUGGUUUCUCGAACUGCAAACACCGCUGCCCAUAGAGUGGCACGUAAAGCACGAUUAUCUCCUUUAAUGGUAGUGUCCUUGGAUUUUGUAUGGUGGCUUCAUCGAGGUAUUACUUUGGUAGGGUUCCUACUUCCUAGAUAGUUCUUUGAUUGUAUCACUUCUUUUCUCUUGUUAUUACUUGGGGGGAAAAACAUAGUUAGAUUAAAUCUGCUUUCUUCCUUUUCUCCACGUCGGGCUCAAAUUUGUCCUUCCUUUCCUGGCUGGGUCGGUCCUCUUUCUCUAUGUAAUCACGAGAAAUCGACACAAUUCUAUUCAAACUUUCGUACGCAUCGAUUGAACUUAAUUGGAUUGCUCCCUCUUAUGUCAAGAGCCACGCCACCCUAAUACUCUACCAAGGUCCAAGAAAAGGGAUAGAUAGAUAUAAAAUGAUAUCACUGUA